GUCAGGAGCUCAGCGGGGACCGAGCCUGGGAGGCCGGUCGGCAGCAGCACCUUUUGGCUUCUGGGACAGCGGCGGCAGCGUUCAGGUUCUAAAUGGCUUCUAAGAAGUUGGGUGCAGAUUUUCAUGGGACUUUCAGUUACCUUGAUGAUGUCCCAUUUAAGAUAGGAGACAAAUUCAAAACACUAGCUAUAGUUGGUCUACCUAUUGGCUUCUCCUUGCCUGACUGUUUGCAGGUUGUCAGAGAAGUACAGAAUGGUUUCUCUUUGGAAAAGAAAACCAUUGAGUGGGCUGAAGAUAUUAAGAAAAUCCAAGAAGCCCAGUGGGAAGCAGAGCGCAAGGCUGAGGAAGCAGAAGCUAAAGUGAAUUCUAAGAGUGGCCCAGAGGGUGACAGCAAAAUGAGCUUCUCCAAGACUCACAGUACAGCCACAAUGCCACCUCCUAUCAAUCCCAUCCUUGCCAGCUUACAGCAUAACAUCACCCCGACUCGGGUCAGCAGCAGUGCCACAAGACAGAAAGUUCUCAGCCCACCCCACACAAAGGCAGAUUUCAAUCCUGCUGACUUUGAGUGUGAAGAAGACCUGUUUGAUAAUCUGGAGUUAAAAACUAUUGAUGAGAAGGAAGAGCUGAGAAACAUUCUGGUAGGAACCAGUGGACCCAUUAUGGCCCAGUUAUUGGACAGUAACUUGCCUAGAGGUGGCUCUGGGUCUGUGUUACAGGAUGAGGAGGUCCUGGCAUCCCUAGAGAGGGCAACCCCAGAUUUCAAGCCUCUUAACAAACCCAAUGGCUUUAUAACCUUACCACAGUUGGGCAACUGUGAAAAGAUGUCGCUGUCUUCCAAAGUGUCCCUCCCCCCCAUCCCUGCAGUAAGCAAUAUCAAGUCCCUGUCCUUCCCCAAACUUGACUCUGAUGACAGCAGUCAGAAGACAGCCAAGAUGGCAAGCACUUUCCACAGCACAUCCUGCCUCCGCAGUGGCACGUUCCAGAAUUCCCUAAAGCCUUCCACCCAAAGCAGUGCCAGUGAGCUCAAUGGGCAUCAUACUCUUGGGCUUUCAGCUUUGAAUUUGGACAGUGGCACAGAGGUGCCAACCCUGACCCAUUCUCAGAUGCCUUCCCUCUCUGUCUUGUCUGUGUGCACAGAAGAAUCAUCACCUCCAAAUACCUGUCCCAAGGUCACACCUCCUAAUUCCUCAAUGUCACAAGUGCCCAACACUCCCAGCUGUCCCCAGGCUUAUUCUGAAAUGCAGACUCUGUCCCCCAGUGAGCGGCAAUGUGUGGAGACGGUGAUCAACAUGGACUACUCAUAUGAGUGUGUCUUGAAAGCCGUGAAGAAGAAAGGAGAGAAUAUUGAGCAGAUUCUCGACUAUCCCUUUGCACAUGGACAGCUCUGUGAGAAGGGCUUUGACCCUCUUUUAGUGGAAGAGGCUCUGGAAAUGCAGCAGUGUUCAGAGGAAAAGAUGAUGGAGUUUCUUCAGUUAAUGAGCAAAUUUAAGGAAAUGGGCUUUGAACUGAAAGAUAUUAAGGAAGUUCUGCUAUUACACAACAAUGACCAGGACACUGCUUUGGAAGACCUCAUGGCUCGGGCGGGAGCCAGCUGAGACCAGGCCCUGCCUAGGCCCUGCCACGGAGCCCCCGC